AUGUCAAAUGAAUCAAUAACAGAAAAACCAACAUCUGAACAGACUAUUCAUGCAUUAACUCAAAAUGAUCCAUUAGUUGGUGCUAGUACAUCAUCUCGACCAUUAACACCUAGUGAAUCUGAAAAAAGUUCAACACAUACACAUCGUCAUCGAAUUUCAGUUGAUAUACCAUUGGAUGAAAUACGUCGUCAAAAUGAUGUUGAACGUUGGAGAAAUAAACUUCGUUUACAAGAAAAAUUUCAACAAUCUCCUGUUAAAUUUCAAGAUUCAUCUGUACCAAAUACUAAUCGUUCAAGUUCAAGUCAAUAUGAUAAUCAAGCUUUUGAACAUGAUAUUCCAAGAAUUAAUAUCCAACCAGCAGAUGAUAUUGUUUCUAUUCAUUCACCUCGUCGUAUGCCACAAACAACUAAAACUGAAGCUGAACGUCCAAAAUUACAUCGUUUAUUAGAUGAAGUUCUCGAUAAAGCUGAAAGUGAACAAUCUUAUAAUCCAGAUUCUGAAAGUGAACGUCAAAACCGUCGUCGUCAACGACGUCGUAUUCAUUCAACAUCUGAUGAUCAUAAAAUGUUACCUUUGUAUGAUAGAAACCAACAAGUUCCUCAUAUACCUGUUAUACCUCAACUAUCUGAACGUCCAGAUCCAUCAAUUAUUCGUCUUCAUUAUAAUCCUUAUGAAGCAGGUGAUCGUGCACAUGAUAUAGCACGAUUAACACCUGUUGAAUUAAAACCAAAAUAUAUCAUGGAUGAUCAACAAAAUAAUCAAUAUUCAUCACGUUCAAAUCCUCCGUUAUUUUUUGAUGAUUCUAUGAUACCUGAUCGUGCAGCAACAGCAACAGAUGCAUAUGCAAUACCAAAACGUUUAGCUAAAACUCGUAUUGAAACCGAUCGUGAAGCAAUGAUGCGUCAUAAUAAUGGACAAAUCGAUCGACGACACCAAAAAUUUAAUGAUGAUCCUGCUUAUAUUGAUAGAAUAUCAAAAGAUCAACAUGGAUAUCGAGUACCAACACGUAAUACUGGGGUGGAAUCUGAAACAAACAAUGAUCCAUUGAGAAGAAAUGAUUAUCGAGAUGAAUAUAUAACAGCAAAAAAAAGUGUCUUAAAUACAAAAAAUAUUAUUUCAUCAAUACAUGAUGAAUUACAACAUAUGACUUCUCGAUCAUCAGGAGAUUAUCAUGCAUAA